UGUCACAACUUUCAAUCCCACAAUUCAGCGUGGCAGAGCCGGUUUUUUCAAGGCAUCAUGGCGGAUCCCAGAGACAGGGGUCUUCAAGAUUACAGAAAGAAAUUGCUCGAGCACAAAGAAAUUGAUGGACGCUUGAAAGAAUUGCGUGAACAACUGAGAGAACAGACGAAACAGUAUGAAAAAUCAGAAAAUGAUCUGAAAGCUCUACAAAGUGUUGGACAGAUUGUUGGUGAGGUCCUGAAGCAGCUUACAGAGGAAAAAUUCAUUGUCAAAGCAACCAAUGGCCCACGAUAUGUGGUUGGAUGCAGACGGCAACUGGACAAGGCUAUGCUCAAACCUGGUACUAGAGUUGCAUUGGAUAUGACCACUCUGACUAUCAUGAGGUACCUUCCCAGAGAGGUGGACCCCCUUGUGUACAAUAUGUCUCAUGAAGACCCUGGCAGCGUCUCCUACUCUGAGAUCGGAGGCUUGGCUGAGCAGAUCAGAGAGCUCAGAGAGGUGAUUGAGCUGCCUCUGACCAACCCUGAGCUCUUCCUGAGGGUGGGCAUCAUCCCCCCUAAAGGCUGCCUGCUCUACGGACCCCCAGGAACUGGAAAAACACUUUUGGCCAGAGCAGUUGCUAGCCAGCUUGACUGCAAUUUUCUAAAGGUGGUGUCCAGCUCCAUAGUGGACAAGUACAUUGGUGAGAGCGCUAGGCUGAUCCGAGAGAUGUUCAACUACGCCAGAGACCACCAGCCCUGCAUCAUCUUCAUGGAUGAGAUCGAUGCCAUAGGUGGUCGUCGUUUCUCUGAGGGGACGUCUGCAGACAGAGAAAUCCAGAGGACACUGAUGGAGCUGCUGAACCAAAUGGAUGGCUUUGACACCCUGCACAGAGUGAAGAUGAUCAUGGCCACCAACCGUCCAGACACGCUGGACCCUGCCCUUCUAAGGCCAGGGAGACUGGACCGCAAGAUCCACAUCGAACUGCCCAAUGAGCAGGCUCGGAUGGACAUUCUGAAGAUACACUCUGGACCAAUCACUAAGCAUGGAGAGAUGGAUUACGAGGCCAUUGUGAAGUUGUCUGAUGGAUUUAAUGGAGCUGAUUUAAGGAACGUGUGCACUGAAGCAGGUAUGUUUGCAAUCCGUGCUGACCAUGAGUAUGUGACCCAGGAAGAUUUCAUGAAGGCCGUUCGCAAGGUUGCAGAUUCUAAGAAACUGGAAUCCAAGCUGGACUACAAGCCUUUAUGAUAGUACCACCAACCAACCUAUCAGGAAAUAUAUGGUAAUUUGAGUCUGGAAAGAGUGAAGGAACAGACGACAAAAGCAAACAUAUUUGUGGUUUUACUGUAUUCCAAAUGUAUAUUUCAAAGACAUCAUUUAAAAUGUUUAGCUAAUACAGACUUGUGUGGUGAAAAAUAUGGUUUGGUUUUUAUUUCCGUAGUUUGCAUAAGAAUACAUAUUUAAAUAAGCUGUCAACCAUCUUAUAUCCAAUCAUAUGAUUAUCUUAAUGCCCAUUCAGAGGUUACUGAGCAAUACACCAGUCAGUGUAAAAUAUCCUUAUGGAUUUUUGGAAUUCAGACUCAAAACCACAAUGUCAUGUACUUUUCAUUUUUGCAUUUGGCAGUUUCACUAGUCUGAUUCAAGAAAUGGUUGAGAUUUAUGGCUGACGUUGUGCCAUAUUAAAGUUUGUCAUAACUCCACUAAAUGGUGGAGAAGACAAAAUGGAAAGUACUGACUUAAAUUGCAGUUGCCACAAACAUUUUUAGACUUAGAAAUUAAUUAUAUGAACCCAUUGAUUCUUGAAGAAUAUAACUUAUAAAUGCCUCAUGAGCUUAGUUCAACUGUCGUACCCCAUCAGAACCCAAAAUAUAAGGUUGUUUUACUCAUGUUUGUAAACAAAGUAAAUGUAAACAAACAUUAUAUAGCCUCAUUUUGAUAUCAUGGCAGGUCAGUCCUUGCAUCCAUAGCUUUGUCUUUGAAUUUGAGCAGUUACAUUUCUGCAGCCCCAUCCCUCAGCUUUUUUACAGAAAUAGCUACGAGACACACUUUGUUAUUGUUUCAAUUGCUGAUUGCUGCUUUAAAAUGCAUCGUAUGACUACAGGUUAACGUGCCUUGUCGUUGACUGUAAAUGUCUUCACUGGCAAGCAUAAAAAUUUUCCUUCUGUCUUUGAUCUUGAAUUUCAGAAAAGAUUCCCCUCUAAAACUACUGCUGCAAUAAAAAUGGCACCCAAUCAAUAUAUAUGCUGUCCUAUUUCUUGAUCCCAAGAAGGUGCCGCAUGAUGGAAAAAUAAUAGCUCCAACAUGCUUUCAAUCAACUUCUUUUAAGUUAUGGAAAACAUAAUCGAAUGUGGGAACGCCAUAAAGAGCUGUUUUGCACCCGGUGAGGCAGCCACAGUGUUUGGUCGCAGCUUGUGUGUUUACUGUUCAAAUUACUUUUGGAUGUAUGUAAAUUGUCUUCUGUCUCUAAAUGUUGUUUAUCACUAGCUGCACCAUAUGACCAAGUAACAUUCUGAGUAUGAGUAAAAGUAUGGUGCCUUCAGAUAGUAUUCAUACCCCUUCACUUAUUCCACAUUUUGUGUUACAGCCUGAAUUCAAAAUGGAUUCAAUGUUUUUUUUCCCACCAAUCUACAUGCAAUACCCCAUAAUGACAAAGUGAAAACAUGUUUUUGGAAAUGUUUGGUAAUUUAUUGAAAAUGAAAUGCACAAGUAUCUCAUUUAAGUAACUAUCCACACCCCUGAGUAAAUACUUUUUGUAGAAGCACAUUUUGCAUUGAUUACAGCUGUGAGUCUCUAAGAGCUUUGCACACCUGGAUUGUGCAACAUUUGCCCUUUUUAUUAUUUUUGAAAUUCUUCAAGCUCUGUCAAAUUGGUUGUUGAUCAUUGCUAGACAACCAUUUUCAGGUCUUGCCAUAGAGUUUCAUGUAGAUUUAAGUCAAAACUGUAACUCGGCCACUCAGGAACAUUCACUGUCUUCUUGGGAAGCAACUCCAGUGUAGAUUUGGCCUUGUGUUUUAGGUUAUUGUCCUGCUGAAAGGUGAAUUAAUUUCUCAAGUGUCCGUUGGAAAGCGCUGAAACAGGUUUCCCUCUACGAUUUUCCUUGUGCUUGGCUCCGUUACGUUUCUUUUUUAUCCUGAAAAACUUACCAGUCCUUAACGAUUACAAGCAUACCCAUAACAUGAUGCAGCCACCACUAUGCUUGAAAAUAUGGAGAAUGGUAUUCAGUAAUGUGUUCCUUUAGUGCCCCCUUGUUGCAAACAGGACGCAUGUUUUGGAAUAAAAAAAU